CCGGAAGCGAACCGGAAGCGAUCGCUUCCUUCUGCGCACGCGGGGAGGGGGAAAAGAUGGUGGUCACCAGGCGAGUAACGCGGCGGAGCGAGUCGAAGGCGGAAUGGCCAGCUGCGGAGCAGACUGCAGUGGAAGAUAGCCUGUCUGUAAGGAUAACUAGAAGCAGAACCCAAAUGAUUUCCCCUCUCCGAGUCAUAUCUGAACCUCAGAGUGAAAAAAAGAAAGCUUCUGAAAGAAAAUUGGAGGCGGAAGAGCCUUCGGAAGCACGCACAGUCUUGAGUAAAAGUAACGCUGAGCCCCUGGCAGGAUCUCAAGUCGAUGGAGAUGUUUCAGAAGCAGAAUCAACCUGUUCUUCCAUGUCUGGUCUUCAAACGCCAUUAUUUCUACGAAGAACCAGCACCAGAAUAACCAGGCGGCAAAUUGUAAUUCCUUCUACCCCAGAGACUUCAGCUAAAAACAGGCCAAGCAAAAAAACCGCUACCCAUGAAAGUAGUAAUUAUCAAGACCACGAUGAUACAUCUGAGGCAGAGUCGUGUUCUUCUGUUGUCUCGGGAACAAGGACCUCAAAAACUCUGAGAAAGUCUAGACAUCGACAGAUAUGGGGUAAUGUGUCACCGGUGUGUGAGGUUCAAGAUGAAGAGGUUUCCGAUGCUGAGUCUUGGUGCUCGGGUAUUUCCUUUAGCCCGUUUAAACGAAUGACCAGGAGUAUGGCACUGAAAUUGCAAGCCAAACCAAUAUCCAAGACUGAAAGAAAAAGCAAUGCAUUAGGAGAGGAUACGGAAACACCCGAGUGUAUAAUUCCAUCUGAAACAAUAGUAAUCCCUGAUUCAGACGUUUCUGAUUCAAAUGCCGAAGAAGCAGAUUCUCUUUCUUCAAAGUGGAUAAAAGAGCACCUUAGCCCCAAUAAAGAAAAGUGUCUCCCUAAAUCUGUUGCCAGCAAUGAUCUGCAACAGAUUUUCUCAAGCAGUAAUGAGGAAGUAACAAAGGAAGAUAAUAAAAACUUGCCUAAGCAAGGGAAAUUAAAGAACAAUGAUGGUGAAUUGGAGCAUUCCAGUUCAAAACAAACAGCAGCGGAUAUAAUUGAUAUAACUCAGACUCCAGAAGAAAUGCAUGAUCAAUCUUCAGAAAAACCCAUGCAGGUAUCUGAAAAUCAGUUGCCUUCGGAGAAUUCAAGAAGAUCUCCACCCGAUCCAGAAAACCUUGAACAAUCCAUUGAGUCCUCAGGAAAAGCAACAGCAAGUAAAAACAAGAGCUUAACACCCGAAAAUGUUAGAAAGACCUGUUUACAUAAAAGAGAAGAAAUAAUAGAUAGUGAUGACGUUUCUGAAGUAGGUAGCCCCACCAACAAAACAAUCACAUCACCCAUUGUUAACAGAGAUGACUGCAGACCUUCGGUUUCAAGCAUAGAUAGUGAUGGAAGCCUAGAAGAGGAAAUUGCUGAAUCCUCUUCAUGUGGAACCAAAGGCAAGGAAGAUAAAAAAGACCUCUCCGUGUCUCUUACAAGUCAGGAAUCUGAAUAUAAUAACUUACGAAAACUGAAAAACAGCAAAAUAGCUGCUGGAUACGUCGAAGAAAGUAGCGAAAGCCCCUUGAGAGAAAACCAGUCCAAUAAUCAAGAGGUGUUUGUCAUUGAUAAAACUCCUGGCUUAGAUUCUCACAAAGAUUAUUAUGUUGAGGAAACACAAAGUGAAGAUUCAUCAGAGGUGGAAGAAAGUGAAGAAGAGUUCGUGGAUGAGGACGAAGAGGAAGUAAAGGCAAACAGAGGAUUAGUAUCAUUUUCAAGCAGUAUUGAUCCUGGACUAAACAUUAAACAGUUUGGAGGUUUAUAUAUUAAUUUUGGCUUAGGAAAGCAGAAACCCGGAUCUCAUGACGUUCCACCACUAAAAGAGAAAAAAACAGAUGAGCUUUUGCAGAAAAGUAUUAUAACUCCUGAUUUUGAGAAAAAGGAAAGUGUGCCACCUUUAAGAGAAUCAGUCCAUCAGUUAAAGAAGCAACGUAAGAUAGACCGAGCAAAAACAACAGGUGAUGGUUGGUUUGGUAUGAAAGCUCCAGAAAUGACGGAGGAAUUGAAAAAUGACCUUAAGGCUUUGCAGAUGAGAGCCGCCAUAGAUCCUAAACGCUUCUACAAAAAGAACGACAGGAAAGGGCUUCCCAAGUAUUUUCAGGUUGGAACUAUUGUGGAUUCUCCAGCAGAUUUCUACCAUGCUCGUAUUCCCAAGAAAGAGAGGAAGAAAACGAUUGUGGAUGAACUUCUGGCAGAUUCAGAGUUUAGACGGUACAAUAAAAGGAAGUACCAAGACAUAAUUGCUGAGAAGGAGGCCCUCUCCGCAGGGAAGAAAAAUCGGAAGAAGAAGAAGUUUCACAAAUAGAUUUUGAAAGCAAAAUGCUUGAACAUAGUUUUUUAAUGGUGAAUUUAUGAGUUGGAAUUUCGCACAAAUGGUCCUGCUAGGACUGAUCACAUUAACAGCAAGAAGAAAAGAAGGGGUGUAGAGCUUUUUCCCAAUAAGAUUUUGGAACUGAAUGUGAAACCCUUUGUUACGUCCUGAUGAAAAUACGCAGCAGAGAGGAUGACAUUAAAAUGUUUUAGAAGAAACAACCUAGUUUAAAAUCAAACUGUCCGUUUAAAGUAAAAUGGGAAUGAGCGUAACUUUAAAAAAAAAA